AUGGAGGGCGAGGCGGGAGAUGCCAGUCCUGGAGACGAGACCGUUGAAAUGGCAUUGCCUGGGUGGCAGCUCAAUCAACCUCAAUCUGCACUCAAAGCCCGAUCUUCGGAUUCGGCUACUCCCGCUUCCUCUCAGUUCGAUUCGGACUUUUCUCCUUCCUCCACUCUAAACUCAAUUACCAGUCCCGGAUCCAGCCGCAAUACCACCAGCCCCUCAAGCGAUAACUUCUUUAUUCAAGGGAGGAAACCGGCUGCUGUCGCGGUAGAUCACGGCCCGAUACCUUCUAGCCUACUCAAUGCACCUAAUACAAGGCGGAGCUUGAUCAGAAGUCCGUCACCAGUCUCCUGUAAGAGACUCUUGACUUCAGAUCGAUUUAUCCCAGUUCGUGAGCCGUAUGCUACAGAUGUGCCUGCAUUCCGCCUAAGUAAAAAUCCAUGCCUGCUUUCUCCCGGGGAAAAACUGCUCCGGCGACGAGACCCUAGGACAGACCCCUUUGCACCAUACCAGGCAAGGAGUCGCUUGGGUCUCUCUAGGUCAGGCCGAUCACCGGACCGUAGAGACACUCCUCAUCAUCUACCACGACAUGUUAGUGAUACCUCAGUUUACGCGAGGAAUAACAGGCCAGCUAGUCGCGGAAGCCAUCGACAGAUCAGCGCGGGCGCCGUUUGGAACGUGGGAGGAGCUUCUGCCGCAACGGGGAGUGCGCCCAUAGGUGUUCACGAUGGCCACGGGGGACUCAUUUCAACUGGAACAAAUGCGCCAAUGUAUAUUGCCAACUUUCUGAACAGGGAUACGCAUGCCCAACAUCUCAAAUGUCAUGAAUCUCGUCUUGCAACCGCUUUGGAUAUCGAUCAGGCAACUAAAGUACUGAAUUUUGGCCGUGCUUCGUUGUUUGCGGAUCCGAGAAAUAUCACAGAAGUUUCCCAACGCGGGAAGUAUUCUCCAUAUGUUUGGAGACAAAGCAGUUGGGUGAGAACCGAUAGCAGUACUUUACAAGUGAAAAGCGCAACUAAGCCAGCCCGAUCCGCAGUUCCAUCGACGCCUUUCCGAGUUCUCGAUGCACCUCUUCUGCGUGAUGAUUUCUACUGUUCUACGCUUGCGUAUUCUUAUACUGCUCGCAUGUUGGCCGUUGGGCUGAAUAGCCGCGUGUACCUGUGGUCAGAGCUCCUCGGUGUGCAAUAUCCUCCUUUAGCGCCCCACCUUGCUUCAAACUAUGUGACUUCUCUUUCCUUUUCUUCACCCCAAGGGGGUAAUAGCAUUUUAGCUGUUGGUCGACAUGGCGGUCAAGUUUCCCUUUGGAGUACUUUCGAGACCGAUGUUCGCUUUGAGUUGUACCAACCUAAUUCGGUUUCCUGCGUCUCUUUUAAACAAGCCACCACCAAAAGGCGUUCAGUCCGAUUUCAAGGAUCGAUUGUUGAUACUGAGGAUUUGGUUGUUGGAGACGAUGCGGGAAACGUGUUUUAUUAUUCUGUAGAAUGGCCGGAUCCGAAAUCAAGAGAACGACAUGGGUGGAAUGGGGCGACAACGUUGAUCGCAAAGAUUUCUGCACAUACCCAGCAAAUAUGCGGCCUGGUUUGGUCGCCCGAUGGUAAAUACCUCGCUACGGGAGGCAAUGAUAACGCGUGCCUCUUGUUUGACAUCCAGGAUAUUCUUGGCAAGGAUGAUACGAGUGGACAACUUAACUCCUCAGAGCAGACGACAAAUCCACCAACAUUGCCCCAAGACCGUGGUGGCCUUUCUCGUUUCCCAUACCAUCCUAAUUUGAAUCGGAUUUUCGACUGGGGUCGGAUUAAUCAGGUUGCCAUAUCUCAAACACUGAGCAGUGAGUCUUCAUCUGGAUUUGCGCAGGAUCCUGCCUCAAGGCAAACAGGAAAUUUAGGAUCUAGGCAGCAUCAGACUAUUUUUAUACCAGCCAACCGACAGAGGCACAAAUUUCAGCACUCUGCUGCGGUGAAGGCAAUCGCUUUUGCGCCUUGGCAGCCAUCGCUUUUAGCCACUGGGGGUGGCUCAAAUGAUCGAUGCAUCCAUUUCUUCCAUACAGGCUCAGGCGCUUGUCUGGCUACGAUCAACGUCCAUGCUCAGGUGACAAGUCUCAUUUGGAGUAAGACACGGCGUGAGAUUGCAGCAACGUUUGGAUAUGCGCAACCGGAACAUCCGUUCCGUGUGGCUGUUUUUGCAUGGCCCAGUUGCCAGGAAGUUGUAGCUAUCCCCUGGAACCCAAUUUCUGAUAGUGGACCCGGGAGUACCGACUCUGACAAUUCAUUCGAUUGCGGCCGUGCCUUGUGGGCGAUCAGCUACCCCGGAGGUCCCAAUGAUAUAGCACACACAGGUGGGGAGGAGCGUGUGCCAUCAACAUCAUCGUCCAUCUCUACAGUUGUAGCGGCACCGCCAAACCCCGCAAUGGGAACUAAUUCCAAUCGAUCUAUUUCCCCCGAGUCAUCCAUAAAUAGUACUACAAAACCCCGGGUCGCGUAUCGGGAAGGGGGUACAUGGUGGUCCCGUACUGCGGAGGAAGGAUGCAUCAUAGUCGCCUCUAGCGAUGAAUGCGUCAAAUUCCAUGAGGUGUGGAGUGGGCCGCGGAAGAGUACGGCUGGAGCCACUGGCCAGUUGGGUGGGAGUGCUAUCUUGGAAAGUUUGGAAGGGAUUGAACGGGAAGGGAGCGAGGUUAUUAGAUAA